AUGUCCCUCCCAACCCGCUCACAACUCCUCCUCACCCUCACCCGCGACACCCAUCAAGAUCAAGCGUCCAACACCGCCUCCAACACCCUGACCGAAUGCCCCAUAUGCUACGACAUCGUAACAAACACCUUCACAACACCCUGCAACCACACUUUCUGCCACGGCUGUCUAUCCACCUGGCUUCGUACUUCAACGACAUGUCCCAACUGCCGCAGCGUGCUUUGCGAGCAGCCAGCACGACGGCAAAUAGAGCGAUUUCCACGCGCGGCCGCCAAAGAGCAGAGGGCCGCGAGCGACAGCGGCGGUGGGCGAGGGUGA